AUGAUAGCAACCAUGGACGAGGCAAUCGACCAUGAUGACCCUUGUUCACCAGUGCUUGGAGAGUAUGUCAGCUUUGACCCCAACGGCGACUUGUAUCUUAACGUCGGCGCUGAGGUUGAGAAAACAACAAAGACGUACUUUGUCUGCUCCAAAGCCUUAUCUCGAGCUUCGACAGUUUUCAGAAAGAUGCUGUAUGGCGGGUUUGCCGAAUCGGGGCAUUCGGAUGUUGACCACGGCUGGACGGUAGACCUUCCCGAAGACCGACAGGAACCGUUGGAACUCAUGCUGCAUAUCGUACACGGCGCAUUUGACAUGGUUCCGGAAAAGCUUGAACUUACUGAACUGUACACAUUUCUCGUCGUCACCGAAAAGUACGACGCAACUGCCAUCACGCGACCGUGGGCCAAGGGUUGGGUAGAGGCCGUCAAGUCCAGCUUGCAGAACCCGCUACUGUUGGGUGUGGCCUACGAACUGGGCGACUAUCAGACUUUCAACGCCAUGGUCAUGAAAAUCGCCACCGAGUGUCAUCUUGACAAUGACGGAGACCUCGUAUUUGGGUUUGCUGGUGAGAGUAGAGAUAGCUACGACUAUAAACUCAGGAACCUGGACUGUUUGAUCCCGGACGGCUUGUUGGAUGAUGCUUCAGCUAUCAGAAAAACGUUGUUAAUAGCAAUGUUGGACCCAUAUCUCAAUCUUUAUGGGGCUCUCAAGAACGGAGAUCGAUGCAUGUCGUCACCCGGGGAUCCUUCAGGCGGGAAGAGGUGCGACAGCAUGCUGCUGGGUUCCCUCAUCAGGUCCUUUACAGCCCAAAACAUGGACCUCACGGCGACCGAUCCGGUCAUGGCAUACCGUGGGAGCGCCUCACACCUCCAGUCAGUCAUGUUGAAGCUGGAACUGUACACAAUCCACUCUGGCUACGCCCACCCGACAACAUCAUCAUUUGGCUUUGGUCAGGCGGCCCACCCUAGGUUUGGAUUCAGCAUGAGUUCCUGUGAGCACGUCUUACAGUCUGGGCUUAGGGAAGGCGUAGAGAGGUCGCUGAUGCUUAGAGGCAACAUGAACUUUGUGCAACCCAAGCAUAAAGAGUACUUGACGAAACAGGCAACCAAAACUGGAUUGCCCAAGUCACAAUAG